AAGAGAGGCCUGCGCCUGCGCGUGAGCGUGCGAUGUGCGCAACCUCCUUGGAUGUGCGGCAAAGAGCGUGCGGUAUUUUUGAUUCACGAUGGUUGAUGCUUUUUUCUUUUUUUAUGCGCUGAAAGCUGGAGGCGGAGCCGCGCAGUUUCCGGCGCAUAACUACUUGUGUGAUACGCCCACGCGAGUUGUCCCGCGAUUGCAGUCAGAUAAUCAGAUAAGCCGCUUGGAGCAGUCGAGCAGACGCCACCGCCCGCACCGCUCCACCGCUUUCGACAGCAAGCAGCAGCAAACUUUGCAAGGGAAGACCGAGAAGCGAAGCCAUGUUGAGAGUCAUUGCCCGCCGAGUCUCCGCUCGGGGUUUCCCCGUAGGCGCCUUCUCGCGCUGUCAGUCUACUGCGGUCGCGGCCAACCCGAUACGAAAUCCUGACAUCAGGUACAGCCAGAUCUUCAUCAACAAUGAGUGGCACAACUCUGUCUCCGGAAAGACCUUUCCAACCAUCAACCCCACAACUGGGGAUGUGAUCGCCCAGGUCCAGGAGGGAGACAAGGCGGACGUGGACAAGGCGGUCAAGGCAGCCAGGGAGGCGUUCCAGCUGGGCUCGCCAUGGCGGACCAUGGACGCUUCGGACCGUGGACUGCUUCUCUACCGUCUUGCAGACCUCGUCGAGCGAGAUCGGACUCUCCUCGCUAGCUUGGAGACCCUGGACAAUGGAAAGCCGUUUGCCGAUGCAUACAACAUCGAUAUUCCCCUUGUUGUCAAGUGCCUGAGGUACUAUGCCGGCUAUGCGGACAAGAACCAUGGAAAGACUAUUCCGAUCGACGGGACCUUCUUCGCCUUCACGCGUCACGAGCCCGUCGGCGUGUGCGGACAGAUCAUUCCGUGGAACUUCCCAGCGCUGAUGCAAGCCUGGAAGCUGGGGCCCGCCCUGGCCCUGGGCAACACAGUGGUGCUGAAACCCGCCGAGCAGACGCCGCUCUCCGCCCUGCACGUGGCCUCACUCGUGGCGGAGGCGGGCUUCCCCGCGGGGGUCGUCAACGUGGUGCCAGGGAUGGGCCCCACCGCGGGGGGCGCCCUAACAGCCCACAAGGACGUGGACAAGGUCGCCUUCACCGGGUCCACCGAGGUGGGGCAGCUGGUGAUGGAGACUGCUGCCCGCUCCAACCUCAAGAAGGUCACUCUGGAGCUGGGGGGCAAGAGCCCCAACAUCGUCUUUAAGGACGCCGAUCUGGACGAGGCAAUCCAGACUUCGCAUUUCGGCCUCUUCUUCAACCAGGGCCAGUGCUGUUGCGCCGGCUCUCGAAUCUUUGUUGAAGGCGCCAUCUACGAUGACUUUGUGGCACGCAGCGUGGAGCUUGCCAAGGAGAGGGUGCUGGGGGACCCCUUUGAUUCCAGCACCACCCAGGGGCCACAGGUGGACAAGGAGCAGAUGUCCAAGAUCCUAGGACUCAUCGACUCCGGCAAGGCUGAAGGUGCUAAGAUGCUGUGUGGUGGAGGCAGGCACGGCUCCAAGGGCUUCUUCGUGGAGCCCACGGUGUUCGCUAAUGUUCAGGACGGCAUGAGGAUCGCCAGGGAGGAGAUCUUUGGGCCCGUGAUGCAGAUCCUGCGUUUUGAGAAUGUGGACGAGCUGAUAGAGCGUGCCAAUCGCACGGAGUAUGGCCUAGCCGCCAGCCUCUUCACGCGUGACAUCGACAAAGCCCUUCACUUCUCCGCUGGCCUCAAGGCCGGCACAGUCUGGGUGAACUGCUACGAUGUGCUGAGUGCCCAAGUCCCGUUCGGAGGCUACAAGAUGUCCGGCAUCGGCCGAGAGCUCGGGGAGUACGGCCUGGAGGCGUACACCCAAGUCAAGUCGGUUGUCGUCAAGAUGGCCGAAAAGAACAGCUAGGUCAAACAAGCAUGCGAUCAAACUUGCAACACUCAAAACAAGUGCCUACUUUGAAUUUUUACGUGAACUUCGAAUAAAAAGUUUUCUUA